GAGAACGAGCGACAAUAUCGGUACGACACGGUUCUCAACAAGCCGAAAAUAUAUAGGAUGGUCUACUCCAAAUUUAGAUCAGUACAUAGAAUCACACCGGACGCGAAACGCUAAAUGCGGGACAGUUAUAUAUCGGUUUUUCCUCUCAAUAGUUCGAGAAAUUUCAGUUUGUUCAUUCAAUCUAACUGCAAGCGCAUUGCAUCGCACCGAUGAGAGAAUAGUUGCUGAUACGUGCUUGUAUAACAAGCAUUCAGCAAUCGCAUACAAGCCGCCUUCUUGCGCGUACAGGGUACUUACCAAAAUGGAUCCACGUCUCUUUUUGAUUGCAUUAACAUUAUUAGUACUGGCAACACGCAGUUAUGGCAUCACGCGACCAAUAAAAAUCGGUGCAAUCUUUCACAAAGGCGAUGAGGAUCAUAUGUCUGCGUUUUUAAAAGCAAUAUCUGAUACAAGAUACGAACACGAAGCACCCGCGUUUGAAUUCAUCCCUCUUACCAAGUAUAUAGAUGAUGAUACCGACAGCUUCAAGACUGGACUAGCUACUUGCCAGCUUUUGCAAGAAGGUGUGGCAGCUAUUUUCGGGCCUGCAAGUUCGCAUACUCGCGGAAUAGUCGCGAGCAUUGCCGCGAGAUACGAGAUACCGCAUAUCGAAUAUGUUUGGCAGGAAAACGAGGGAGUACGAGCGGAAACGGAAGAAGAUCAAGAUCCUUCAAUGACCAUAAAUGUAUUCCCUGACAGCGAGAUGGUCAGUCAGGCUAUUGCCGAUGUUGUCGAUUCUAUGAAAUGGCAUGGCUUCGUGGCGAUUUACGAAAACAGAGAUGGACUGUCGCGCAUUCAAAAGGCUCUGACGUUGAAACGACAAAAGGAUACUUCUGUUACAAUUCGGCAACUGAGCGAUGGAUCAGAUUAUCGCCCGAUGCUCAAAGAGAUACGCAACUCGUCUAUUUUCAAUGUCAUCAUUGAUGUCAAACCGGAAAAGAUCAUUGAUCUUCUCCAACAGGCGAAACAAAUUAAAUUGCUUGCAAAUUAUAGUAAUUUCGUUAUAACAUAUUUGGAUGGAUCCAAACUAGGUAUCUCGGAAAUACAAAACGACACCUCUGCCAAUAUCACCGGAUUCAGCAUAAGACAAGAUGAUGUGGAAGGUAUCAAUUGGAUAGACUCGGCGGUUCUAUAUGAUGCAGUAUUCUUGCUGAAUAAAGCGAUGGAGAUGCUAAAUUCGAGGAACACUGAUAAUAAUAAUCCUUUAAUGAUUGAUCCUGUACCACUCUAUUGCAAUAAAAAUGAAACAUAUCAAGCGGGACCCAAUAUUACGAGCAUUAUACGAGAGUUAUCGAAGAUGAAGAAGAUAACAGGCGUUAUAAAUAUUGAUAAAUACGGCCGUCGACGGGACUUUAACAUUACGAUACUGGAUUUUCGACCGGAUGUAACUGCAAUUAGUUAUUGGGACUAUAGUGGUCUACAUCCUAUGCAAACGGAGAAGGAACGCCAAAGCUAUUUAUAUAAAACCAUUCAAGAAAAGACAUUCCUAAUUAGUACCAAAGUAGUUGAGCCUUACGUGAAAGAAGUCACUGAUGGAUCACUACGAGGACAUAUGAUCAACGGGAAAUACUACGAAGGCUACUGCAUUGAUUUAAUCGAGGCUAUUGCAACUGAGCUAGGAUUUAAAUACGAGUACGAGCUCAUGACUGGACCGACUGGAAGUUAUAAUCCGAAAACCAAAAGUUGGAACGGCCUAAUUAAACGCCUUCUGGAUCAUAAAACUGAUCUUGCGAUUUGCGAUUUAACUAUAACACACGAACGUAUGUCUGCCGUGGAUUUUAGUCUACCGUUCAUGAAUCUAGGUAUAAGCAUCUUAUUUGCCAAGCCAGAAGAGAAGGAACCGAAUUUGUUCUCUUUUCUAUCGCCGUUAAGUGCCGACGUCUGGAUUUACAUGGCGACUGCUUAUCUCGGCGUGUCAAUAAUGUUAUUUCUUCAAGCAAGAAUGGCGCCCGGCGAAUGGGACAAUCCGCAUCCAUGUAAUGCCGAGCCUGAAGAAUUGGAAAACAAUUUCGAUUUAAAAAAUUCGUUAUGGCUCACCAUUGGCUCUCUAAUGCAACAGGGUUCCGACAUUCUACCAAAAGCGCCGAGUAUUAGAAUGCUCGCGAGUAUGUGGUGGUUCUUCACGCUGAUCAUGAUUUCGUCUUAUACCGCGAACCUGGCAGCAUUUCUCACUGCGGAGAAGAUGGACGCGCCUAUUAAAAGUGUCGAGGAUUUGGCAGGCCAAACGAAGAUCAAAUAUGGAGCUGUCGAUAGUGGUGCGACAGUAGCAUUUUUCAGAGAUUCAAAUUCUACGAUAUAUAAACGUAUGUAUGCAGCAAUGAAAGAAGCUAGACCAAGCGUGUUUGUCGAGACCAACGAGAAAGGUGUCGAACGAGUUAAGAAAAGCAAAAGACAAUACGCUUUUCUCAUGGAGAGUACUUCCAUCGAAUACAUAACAGAAAGAAACUGCGAAGUUCAACAGGUUGGAACUUUACUCGACAACAAGGGCUACGGUAUAGCCUUACCGCGCAAUUCAGAGUACAGAACAUUGAUAAACGGUGUCAUCUUGAAACUAGGUGAGAAAGGUAAAUUGCAAGAGCUUAAGAGACUUUGGUGGAAAGAAAAGGAUGGCGGAACGUGCACAAAGGAUGUUGCAGAUAAAAGCGCCAGUACCAGCGAACUAGGAUUAGCAAACGUUGGAGGCGUCUUCCUCGUUUUAAUGUGCGGUUGUGUUUUUGCAUUGAUUAUUGCUAUUUUUGAAUUUCUUUGGAAUAUACGAGAAGUCGCUGUGAGAGAAAAAAUUACGCCUAAAGAAGCGCUAAUAGCCGAACUAAAAUUCGUGGUGAAUAUUUGGGCAACGAAGAAACCUGUUAAAAUCGCUAAGAGCAGCAGUGGUGCAAGUUCUAUGGAAGGUGGACUCGAUAGAGCUGCAUCUACGGCUCGUUCUAUCGUUGGUUCCUUUUUACGUCUUGAUAUGCUCGACAAAUUUGAUAAAGACCAUAACACGAAUAACCGUAGCAAUGAUCGUAAGAUUAAUUAA